AUGGCAGAUGUGAGCGAUGAGAAAACUGAAAAUAGAGAUAAGGAAGAGAAGAGCGAAGAAGUUAAAAAAGAAAUAGAGGAAGAAAUAAAGGAAGAAACGGAUAUUAACGGCGUUCCAAUUCCGAUUCCAAGAAAUUGCUCGAAAAAAGAUUACAAAAAUUUGGUAAAACAGAAAAAGUCGCGGCAGUGGACGGAUGGAGGAAACGGAUCUUUGAAGGAUAAGGAGACUCUUAUUGAUGGACCAAAGAAAAAAAUCGCGAUUCUCCUAUCAUACUGUGGCAAAAACUACCACGGCCUUCAACACAACCCUGGAGACGACAAGGUCGAUACGAUUGAAAAACGAGUUUUCCAGGCCCUUGUCGCUGCAAAGGUUGUCUACUCUAAUGUUAUUACAGAUAGGAAGAAAUGUGCAUAUCAAUCCUGCAGCAGAACUGAUAAGGGCGUCUCGGCGAUCGGGAAUGUUGCUUCGUUGAAGUGUAAAAUUCCGAAAAAUCUGUGCGAAUUGGUCAAUAAACACCUGCCAGACGAUAUUCGACUCACUGGCUUUGAACUGGUCACCAAAGGCUUUUGCGCAAAGAAGCGAUGUACUCACAGAACCUACAGCUACUACUGCCCAACAAUCUGCUUCGGGAGCAAAGAAGACUGGGAUCGACCAAGUUCAUUUAGAAUAAAAAACGAGAAACUUGAAUGCGUCAAAAGCCUACUUGAAAAGUACACCGGCACGAAAUCUUAUCACAACUUCACGUCAGGAAAGCGUCAAGGAGAUGAGUCGGCAAAGAGACACAUUCUCGACUUCCGGAUUCAAGGAGAGCCUUUUAUCUGCAAUGAUUGGGAAUAUGUGGAGCUGAGGGUUGUUGGACAGAGUUUUAUGAUCCACCAGAUUAGAAAAAUGGUUGGAUUAGUUAUUGCCAGAGCCGGGGAUCACUGCCAGGAUGAUCAUUGGGAGAGAGCGUUCAAGAGACCCUUUGAAGACGUCCCCAAGGCGCCGGGAAAUGGACUAGUGCUGCGGCAAGUGCACUACGAUGUGUACAACAAGGAUUACGGGACGGACAACCGCAAGACGCUAGAAUGGAGCGAUAAGCAAAGUGACAUGGAUAAUUUUGCAAAGGAAAAUAUUCUCCCGGUCAUUUUCAAGAUGGACACAGAGGAAGAAAGCAUGGUGGAGUGGCUGAAAACGCUGGAAGUUCAUGACUUUACCGGCGUUAGAGCAGAAAAACAAUGGGAAAAGCAGGAAUUUGAGCGCAAAGAAGCCCUCAAGCGACCGUCGAAAGAAGAGGCAGACUCGCAUUUACCCAAAAUAGCAAAAUCUGAAGUUGAGCCUGUUCAAACUUCAACACCAAAAAAUUAA